AUGACCUCUUCAACUGCUGAUGAUAGCCCUCCGGACGACGAGCAAGCGAGCAAUCGCUCAAAAAGUAUGGAGCAACUAGUCGAUCUCAGCGCUCAAAUUCUUCUCGGUGCAGCUCAGCAUUUUGACUUUGACCACCUCCUCACCGAAGUUGGAGACUUUGGCCCAUAUCAAAUUCUGUUCUUCUUUAUUAUCUGCUUACCUGCCAGUCUACCAUCAGCAUUCUCCGCUUUCAAUCAACCAUUCGUCGUCGGUUCACCACCUCAUCACUGUCGUCUCCCUUAUGCUCGCGAUGAUCUCAGGCCUAUCACAAAUGACGAGAGAGUGCUCAGUUGCUUACAAUACAAUCAAACAGAGGUCGACUAUUGGAGAUCAUUCACAUCGGCACCGAUUGAGACAUACAGGGACCAGAUUAGUCUAGUUCCGUGUCAAAUGGGUUGGGAAUACGAUAACACAACGUAUACGGACAGUCUCGUCACGGAGUUCAAUCUUGUUUGUGAUCAUCAGCACUGGGUGGAAAUCUCUACAACAUCCUUUUAUGUGGGAAGCUUUAUUGGCAAUUUUCUUUUCGGCUACAUUGCGGACAAAUUCGGUCGACGCCGUAGUUUUUUCAUCAUUCUUACAUGUCUUGUAGUUUUUGGAACGAUAAACGCUUUCGUCAAGAACAUCGAAUCCUUCAUUGUUAUGCGAUUUCUGACUGGAUUACCAUUCCCAGCAUUAUUCCAAAUUCCAUUCAUUAUAUGUAUGGAAUUUAUGGGUAAAUCUGGACGUAUCUUCUCUGGUCUCAUGAUUUCGCUAUUCUUCGGUGCAGCUAUGGCUCUUCUUGGUGUUCUAGCCAUGUUCAUUAGAAGAUGGCGACAGCUGACCUUCUUCUGUAAUGCUCCGUUUGCAAUUCUCUUCUGUUAUUAUUUCUUUCUCCCGGAAUCUCCUCGAUGGCUUGUAUCUGCCAAUAAAUGGGAAGAAGCCAAGGCUCAACUUCGGCGCAUUGCCAGAACAAAUGGAAGACCGGAUGUGAAUGUAGAUGAGCUGGUCGAUUUGCUGAAAGCUAAUCAGCAUUCCAUCGUGGAAGAGGGACAACGAAGUCACAACGUCACCGAUCUGUUCAGAACACCAAAUCUGAGAAAGAAAACGUUACUGGUGACGUAUAUAUGGGUUAUGAAUGCUAUAAUCUACAAUGGACUCACAUUGAACGUCUCGAACUUGCCAGUAGAUGACUAUUGGUCUUUUAUCAUCAAUGGCGCAGUAGAAUUACCCUCGUACUUUAUAGUUUGGCCUUUGCUACAAAAUAUUGGAAGAAGAUGGACUCUCGCUUCAACUAUGCUUGUCUGCGGGAUAGGCUGUGUAUCGGCUAUGUUCAUGUCGUCAGACUAUCCAUGGCUCGUGGCUUCUGCCUCCUUCGUUGGGAAAUUUGGUGUUGGCGCAGGAUUCGCAGUGAUCUACAUCUUUGCUGGGGAACUUUACCCAACAGUUGUCCGAGCGAUUGGUAUGGGCAUGAGCAGCAUGGUCGCUGGUUCAGGUCUACUGCUUGCUCCACAUAUAGUCAGACUGGGUGACUACAUAAAAAUUCUACCAUUGCUCAUUAUGGGUUUUAUGGCGUUAUCAGCUGGAGUUUGCACAUUUUUCCUACCAGAAACUUUGGGAGCACCACUUCCUAUGACGAUCGAAGACGCGGAAAACUUUGGUAGCAAAUCAGUAUUUGGAGCAAUUAUUGUCCAUUCGCACGAUAAGAUUGAUAUCCUAAUCAACUGGUGGAGCUUCCAGAUUUUUUUAACGUUCGAAGGCUCAAGUGACACAACUUCACAAAAUUUACAAAAUUGUCAAAAGCUUGGAGCCAAUGUGAUUCUAUAG